UCACGUUUUGUGAUAGACUAGUAUAGUUAUAUAGUACUAUAGAGUCUAGAUCUACUAGAUCUAUAUAUUAGUAAGAAAAACUAACGUCAGCACAUUGAAGCUAGAUCUCUAUACUAUGUCUAUAUGCUAAGUCAAAAAGUCUAAAAAAAUAAUUUAUUAUUGUCACUAGAACAGUAGAACUAUACUACAUCAAGCUCUGUGAGUAUGACAUCCAACGCAGUACAGAUACAUUAUCCACCUUUUCAACUCAAUAAGUCACGAUUUGAUCAGAGUACAUUUUCUGGAAGAUUGAGACAUUUUUUGGAUGUCAUAGAUCCAAGAACAUUGCUGACACCCAAUAGUGAACUAGAGAAGGCAGUCAAACUUUUAGAAGACUACAAAAAUGGUAACCUCCCCUCAGGUGUUACAGAUGAACAGUUAUGGAAAGCUCAGAAAAUUAAACAGGCCAUCAUUCAUCCUGACACAGGAGAGAAAAUCUUUAUGCCUUUCAGAAUGUCAGGUUUUGUUCCUUUUGGAUCUUUUAUAGUUGUUGGUCUCUUGUUGCCAAAUCCAAGCAUGAAGCAAAUCAUUUUCUGGCAGUGGCUCAAUCAAAGUCAUAAUGCAUGUGUUAAUUAUGCAAACAGGAAUGCCACCAAGCCAACACCUAUAAAGAGAUUUAUAUUGGGCUACACUGGUGCCGUGACAACUGCUGUUUCAAUUGCAGUUGGUUUGAGUACUUUAAUUAAGCGAGCCAAUCGUUUUAGCACCACUACAAGGAUGUUAAUACAAAGAUUUGUUCCUUUCCCAGCAGUGGCAACGGCAAGCACAUGCAAUGUUUUGUUAAUGAGAAACAGUGAACUCUACGAAGGUAUUGAAGUUGUGGAUAAAGAAAAUAAAGUUGUUGGAACAUCUAAAGUGGCAGCUAAAAAGGCCUUAGGUGAAACAGCCUUGACUAGAAUGUUUUUACCAGCACCUAUAUUCAUCAUUCCUCCAAUAGUCAUGUCUAUAUUAGAGAAGCGAAAAUUUCUUAUUCGUAAUCCUAAACUUCAUCUGCCAAUCAAUGCUGUAGUUUGUACGUUAGCUUUUGGAUUUGCCUUACCAGUUGCCAUUGCUCUCUUCCCACAGUAUUCAAAGAUUCCAAAGUCAAAACUUGAGCCAGAAAUUCAAGAGGCUACUCAGGAGGAAAUCUUGUACUACAACAAAGGCUUAUAAGGCUGGACUUACUGUGUAGUCUUCUCACUCACUUUUUCUCUGGUGUUCAACUUUUUUCUUCUUCAGUUUGCUUCUGAAAACUGUUACAUAUUUAAUGGAACUUUCUUUAUAGCAUUUUGUUUUGUUCGUCUAUCAUACUUGUGGCCUAACUAGUUGAAUAUACAUGGUUAAAGUGAAGAGCUGUGUCCAUCGUAGAAAAUAGUGUCAACUUAAACAUUAUGUGGAUUGUUAAUCUAGCAUUGUAAAAAUACUUUAUUGUAAUUUAUUGUUAACUAAGAUAACAUGUACACAAAACACUUCUGAUUAUAUAACAAUCAUAUUAGAGACUUAAAUUAAACGUGGCAGAGUUGACAUUGAGAGUCAGAUUUUGUUGUCAUGACCUCCAGCUUUGUUUUUGUUACCAUUGCUAUUAUCAAGUAUACUGUGUUAUAUUAACUCUUUGCCAUUGUACUGCCUUUUUAUUUCUUUUUUUUAUUUUCUAAUUUUUUUUUAGAAUAUUCAUUUAUCGUCCAGGUUCUAUUAAUAUGCAUUCUACAAAGUAUCUUUAUUUUUGCAAGAUUUACUAGUCCUUUUCUUAAAUAUUUGCUUUCCUCUGAUGCAGAGCUUCAAGAGAUUUGGCUUUACUUUUUUUAAAAUAGCAGCCAGUUCCUCAACAUGAUGCUAAGUGAUGUUUUACCUAUAACAUUGGUGUGUUCUGUUGUAGGUCUUACCUUUUGUUCAAUGUAUUCAUCUAUUCAUACCCAAUUUGCAUGCAAAAAAAUUUGCUACAUUUUUAGUUACUUCCAAUCUGGAUUUGAUGUAAUUUCUAGUUCACUUUACAAGAUUAACAAAACCGAAUUCCUUUUUAUACAAAUCUCUGGUACUGUAACCUAUUACAUAUCUGAAUAUUUAAUUACAUGUGUCUACAAUGUUUUUGUUAUUGUUAGUUCAGGAAGUGUUUUUUUUAGUCUGCUAUAAUAAUAUGGACUUGUUAUGGACUUAGGUAUUACUGUUGUUUUUUUUUUUUUUUUAUUGUUUCUUUCUAGCUUCCCUGACAGAGAUUUUAUAAAAUGGUUAUUGUGACAAUUGUGACCAUCUUUGAGGACAUAAACCUUAAAUCUUUGGUCACACUGGUCCAUGUCUAAUCAUUAUUUCUUAUCUGCUCUUAUCUGCUUUUUGUAAGAUUUUCUACCAAAGUUUAAUUGUCAGUCUGAAGCUAAUAUUUAAAUGGUGUGUUCAUUGGCUAACAUUAAUGUACAAAUACAUUUCAUAUACAUAAAUACAUUUCAUAUACACAAAUACAUUUCAUAUACAUAAAUACAUUUCAUAUACACAAAUACAUUUCAUAUACAUAAAUACAUUUCAUAUACACAAAUACAUUUCAUAUUAUAGUCAGUCUAAUGUUUUUAUAUUUUGGAUGUUUAUUUUAUCUGUUACAAUGGGUGAACAUGUUGAUUUUUUUAAAAAUAUAUAUACACUAUAUUUCAAUAUGUAUAAUAUUUCUUGUAAAAUUAAUACUAUUAAUAAAUGUUCCAUUAUG